UUUCCAUUCUGAAUGGCUUGAAUUUAUAAGUGUCAAUCUUCGUGGCAUUGCAGUAGUGAAAUUUCUGGAAAAUAUGAAAAUUUAAAUAAUUACGCGGUGGAUAAUGUUUCCGGUGUGAACUCCAACCUUUACAUAGCUGUGGAGACAGAGAUUCUCUUCAUGGCUCUCUGGGUUUAGAAUUUUUUUUCAUCCUUCUUUUUUUUUAUCUUUUGAAGCUGGGAAAAAAGCCAACAGCUACUCGUGAUAAAAGUCUAGAACUAACAGUCUACAAACUGUAUAUACUUUAAAAAUGAAUUUACCCAUUGAAAUAACGUUAUUCUGAGGGAAAUCUCGAGAACAAACUGAAGUGUGUGUAUGUAAGCUACAAUUUGGAGUGUCGCUUAGAACUUGCCGCAAAUCCACUCUGUCGAAUACAAAUUAGUAGUGCUGAAAGCCACUUUACCGAGAAACUACGAUAAUCCAAGCAUGAAUUUUUAUUCAUUCCAGAAGGACUAUCUCACGAUCAGCACCAAGAGGGGACAAAGGGAAUACUCCAAUUGACAUUACGUGAUGCAGCACCUGACGCAAUUUCCAAUAUUAUCAUCUAAAAACUGAAUAUGAACUGAUAAAUUUCAAAAGUGCCAUUUCAUUGAUGGAUAAUAGAAGACAAAUGGAGGAACAAUCGAGGGAUUCUCCCCUUCCCCAAUGCUUAUAGUGAUAAAGCCCAACAAUAGUCCCUAGACCAACGUAAAAGAUGUAGGAAUUUCGACAAAUGGAAUUUUCAACGAAUUGCUAACUGCCGAUUUAAGGGAUAAACAGUGGAAAAUGGGAGCAAUCAAGCUCCUGCUCAGUAGUGUCGUCGUUUCCUUAUUUUUGAGUGGUUUAUCGAGAACAAUUGCUGCCUCAAAUACACAAGAGGGAAUGUGCAGUUCAUCGGCAUGCAAUUGUGAUUCUUACGGUCGACUCACCUGCAAUUGUGCAGAUCAAGUUGAGGAGUUGAUACUAACAUCAGACGGUGAUCAGCCCCUGAGUUCUUUCACCAAUUGGAUAACUAUCCGCAACUGUCCAUCAGUUAUUCUCAUGAAUUCAAGCCUCGCAAAAAUGACUAAUUUGAGAUCCAUCGAAUUGCUCGACAUCAACAACCUAACGCUAUUCACCGAGAGUUUUGAACUAUCACCAAAGACCAUGCGUACGAGUGUAUCCAUUAGAUCAUCGAGCAUCGAGGUACUGCCGAGCUACACAUUUCGCGGUGAUAUGGAAGCCAUAAGCUUUGAAAACGUCCAAAUAAAUCUCGUUAAUGCCUUUGCCUUUGCGAAUUUAGCUGGGACUGAAACAUUAAGACUAGAGGACUGUCGAUUUGAGAUAAUAGAGGAACAGGCAUUUAAGAAAUUUGAUGUCAACUAUCUUCAUAUUAUACGAGGAACACUUGGCUCAGAAGUUCCAAGCAGAGCAAUGAACGAUAUCGAAGUAUUCACAACAUUUCGGUUGGAUGGCGUUCAAAUGGGAUUAGUCAAGAGUUCAGCGUUUGUCAUAAAGAAACCAAAAACAGUAUCCAUUCAAAAUUGCAUAAUCGAGAGUUUAGAGGCCGGAGCAUUUGACAUUGCUGCGACGGGUGGUGUACACAUAAAGAAUAAUACAUUCAGAAAUCUAGUGACGGGUUCUUUCUUAGGAAUACGAGGGGAUCCUGAGGAUGCUGGAAUCAGGUCUAAUUCGAAUUACGACAUAACAUUUACGAAUAAUACUUUGGAUUACUUUGAAGAGGGCUCAGUGAUGUUUAAUCGAGACAGUUUUAAACCAGUUAUCGACAAUGUCUUUAUCAAUCGUACCUGUGACUGCAGUUAUUUGAAGCCAUGGACAAAUAAUGUGUUGAAUUACACAAUUUAUUCUCGGUUCUACCACUCAUUUUCGUCACAAUCUGCUCGAAAAACAACUUUUGAUCCAAUUGAAGAGGGGACAUUUUUGUGCGCCGAUGAUUCCUGGAAUUUUGUGAGUUUCACUGAAUUCGAGGGAAGAAAUUGUACACUGGGGAGCUCUAUAAUGUUCCUACUGUUGGGAGCUGUUGGCCUCAUCGUCAUACUAAUCAUUGGAAUUGGAAUGAUUAUCUGGUGCUGUAAGGAGCACGGUGGACACGAGAGAUGGAUGAGUGUACCAACAAGUGCGCCGGAUGUUGUUUCCCAGAAGAAUGGAGUGAUUGGAAGAAAUGGAUCGACACCGAGUGGCCCCGUUGACAGUAGAAUUACCAUGGUUGUUCCCGAUGGAAGACUCUACCGAGAGACUGAAUUUCACGUUAUUGUGGAAAAGGCAGAACCAUUGACCACUGAAUUGUAACGAGAGCCUUCGCGCUCCUCUGGAUCAGACAGUAAUUGGAAUGAGAUCCUCAAAGAGCGCGAAUUUCGUGUGUAUAAAUUGUGAAGUGAUACCUGUUUCAACUCAAGUUUAACAAACUACUCAGUGUACUCAGUGUAUGCAGAAUAAAUGCUUGGGUAUUUCAAAGACAUUUUUUUCAAAAUGAAAUUUAUAGUAUUAAAGCAAACGGAGGGGGAGGACGUGUCCGCAUAUCAAAUAUCGAUUGAUUCCGAACUCCUAUGUGUCAUAUAGAGAGAAGAUGGAUAUCAAAAUUUCCAAGUCUAGCUUUGUUCCAUGUUUCAAGUGAUGUAGUGUCUAGUUUUUUUUUAUAUUUAUGAAUACUGUAUUUCGUUGUCUGUAAAGAAAAAAAUUUUACCUGAUCCAAUCGAUUGAUUUGUGUUCAAAUUGUACCAAAAAGUGAUGAAUCGAAAAAUAUACUGGACAAUUGUGCCAUAAUUGAAACACAUACGAUUCCAAAAGAACAAAUCCCGUGAGAAUGCAAUGAUUAUUAUCAACUACGAAGGCAGUAAAAUUUAUCUCCAUUGAAAAGAAAUAAUAAAACAAGAACCUUGACCUCGUUCGUGAUGAAAUACGUGACGAGGAAGUAAUUAUCGCCAUCAAAAACUCGAUACCAAUUAACACAUUUCAAAUGAGAAAUAAAUAACUGUUGAAUUGUUUCUCGUAACGCAAUUGUUUAGUUCUAAUUAUCGUGAGACUGUGAUAUUACAGAACAGCCCAUCCUGUAAUAAUUUGUUUUACAUCGAAGCGCUCUCAAUCGACAAGAGUGAAUGAAUAAAAAUUCUACGCUGAUU